AUGGUCGAAAAUGGGGGCCCUUUAAGGAUCUGGGCAAAUAUGAAUAUUGGUCGCAAGGGAAACUCUUUCGUUGAGGACAUUAAAAAUCCAGCCGUUUAUCGGUUAGAAUUGGAUAUUAAAGACAGUCCGAGGGAUAUAUUCAUACGACUGGACGGUUGGGUGAAAGGAAAUGCCGGUAUUACCACAUCGGACCCCAACAGACACUGUAUAUCCCUGCACCGUUACUAA